AUGAAUUUCAUCCCAAACUUAGGCACAAUAAACCUUACAUGGUUUCAAUGGCAAAGACAGGUCCGAAUACCAGUGAUCUCAAUUUUUCAUUACAGUUAUUCCUGCAGAUUGGUUAGAUGGCAAGAAUACCCUCUUCGGACAGGUUUUAGCAGACGACUACGGAAGGGAAACAACAAUGGAAGGUUUUGA